UAAAUUAUUAUUUUAAUAUAAUUUAGAAUAUUUUGAAAACGAUAUUAAUUGGUUCUAUAUUUAUUUUAUUUUUAAUCUAGAUUUAAAUUAAAAAUUAAAAAUUAUCGACCAAACAAAUUAUAACAAUUUUGUUAAAACUUCACAAAUAAUCAUGUAAGGAAAAAUCAGUUAAGUGACUUUUCGUUGUUUAAUGUAUAGAAGGAUUUCUAUUUAUAUGAGACUUACUAUUUCAAGUAUACAUAUAUAGUACUUAGAGACCUUAUUAGUUAGCAGUAUUUGUUUAGCUAGAUAGUAUUGACUAUUGCGAGACCGUAUUAAUUAAUAGUAUAUGUUGAGUUGCUACAUUGUGUAUGAAAGUCACCACCUUUAUCAGUGUCUCCUGCGGCUAAGAGAAAUAGAUUGAUGGAAAUACAGAUACUGUUUCUAUGUUCCAGUUGACACAUUCCCAUGCCAGAUAUUGUUACAUCCAAAACCCUCCGAAUAUAAAAAGGAAACCACAACACUAGUUAUAUAACUUUUGAAUUAGGUUCCUGGGGUUUACCACAUCGCUACUAAACAAAAGCACAUAUGCAUAGGCUCAGUGAGGCCCAUAAUAUUUGGUUUGGUAGGGUUGGUGAACUUUAUGUCCACAACCCGUUUCGUCUCAACUAAAGAGAACCAAAAAAAAACAACUGUAUCAAGAGGAACUGAAAAAAUGGAAAAUUUUCAAAUAUUACAAUCUGUAAGCUAUUUAGAACUAAAAUUAUGUAUGGAAAACUAACUUUUCAUCUUUUCCUAAAUUAAGAUGCUGGAAUUCACUUUUCUUCAAAAAUGAAAAAGGAACCUUAACUUUCUUGUAAUGUUUUUAACUUUUUAACGAAAACAUAAAAUAUGUGCUGAAUGUAGUUUUUGGGUAUAAAGUGCGUGGAUUUGUUAAGUUUACACUUUCUUAACUAUAUGAUAUUGGUAAAAAAAAAACUAUAGAACAAUAUCAGAGGUCAUUUAUAUAACACCACUCAUCAUCAUCAUCAUAAAGCCCAUUUAAACCGAACUACUAUAAAUAGAAUGAAAGGUCUAGUCCUUCUCUCUUUCCUUCCGACUCUGGUCUCCGUCUACUUUCCUUCUCCCCACUACUUCCUCACUAAACCGAGUCACCAUGAGUAAGAACAACAACAAAAGAGAUGGCAGCGGUGAGAAGAAGACGGCGUCUAUCACCGUCGUUUUGAAGGUCGACAUGCAUUGCGAUGGUUGCGCUUCAAAACUCGUUAAAUCCGUUCGUGCUAUCCAAGGCGUUGAGACGGUGAAAGCAGAGUCAGAGACUGGUAAAGUAACGGUGACCGGAGAUGUAGAUCCGGCUAAACUCCGGGAGCAACUUGAAGUGAAGAUAAAGAAGAAAGUCGAGUUGGUUUCUCCUCAGCCCAAUAAGGAGAAAGACAACAACAAGGACAGUAAGGACAAGAACAAAGAAAAGAAGUCAAAGGAGAAGAAACCUAAAGAGGCUCCGGUUACAACGGCGGUACUGAAGGUGGACUUCCACCGUGAACGGUGUAUUGAGAAGAUUCAAAAGACUGUCUCUAAAACCAAAGGUGUGAGUGGCUUCUCAAUAGAUCACGAGAAGCAGUUGGUGACGGUUAAAGGAACAAUGGACGUGAAAAAGCUCGUCAGGAGUUUGACUGAGAAGCUAAAACGUAGCGUGGAGAUUGUGGCGACGGCCAAGAAUGGUAACGCAAAAGAGAAACAGUACGUGGCGGCUCAGCCUGCUCACGGGUCUGCGUAUUUUCCGGGUGAGGAUGGAGAUACGAUUGAAUACUUAGCACCUCAGAUUUUCAGCGAUGAUAAUCCGAAUGCUUGCGUCGUUAUGUGAAGCGGCGGAAGAACAUUGACGGGUAGUAGAAUAGACUGUAAAUAUGCGCUUAAGAUUUUUAAGGUACUUAUUGAAUAUUUAAAUACUUCUUUUCAGAUAUAAUUUCAAAAUAAAUAUAGAAUUGAAUAUUUUUAGUACAUAUUAAUGUGAUCUUUUAUUUAUGCCUCUGAAGAUGAUGUUUCUCAGGUCAUCGAACAAAAGUUUAAUCCUAUCUGUUGGACCGCGCAUAUCUUUGGAUUUGUUGGACGACUAUAUGAUGAAACAAAAGUUUACUAGGGAUCAUCUUCGCUUACUGAUCAAUACAUAAACCAUUUUCAAUCUAUUUGAUUGAUACAAACAUCGCCUUGAACUAGUGAACAACGAUCAUUGCUUCUCAAAAGUUUACAUACAAGUAUACAUAAUAUAACACCUUCUCAAAAGUUUAAAUUUUUUUCUUUUUUAAAUCUUAAUAAAAUUAAAGAAUGAAAAGAGAAAGACAUGCAGGAGUCAAUGAUUUCCCCCUUUUGCCUUUUACCUUUCUUCAUCUUCACAUUUUUCCUCUACUUUUGUACUUUUGUGAAAUUUAUAUUUGAUUCUAUUUCUUUCUCAACACUAAUUUCCAAAUUUUUUUUUUUUAAGAAUG